AUGAGCAUCUCGGCGGGCAGUGCACAAUCUACCUGUCGCCUUAAUGUUACCACAACAAGCCUAUCUACGGAGGGUGACGAAGGUCGCUACCGCACAAACGCUCUCUACAAGGAAGGCCCGAAGGCAGAUGGUCUCUAUCACUGCUACUACGAGGGAGAUGCGUCGAAUCCAUGCACCCACAAGCCAACGAAGCUGAAGUGCAACUAUGACAAGUACAUUGACUCCCACCUCAAGCCUUUCCGCUGCAAGGACGGUGCCUGCUCAAAGCAACAAUUCUCCUCCAUGGCCUGCGUCUUGCGCCACGAACGGGAAGCGCACGGUCUGCACGGCCACGGCGAUCGCCCUUUCCCUUGCCGAUACGUUGGCUGCGAGCGCUCCCAGCUCCGUAACGGCUUCCCGCGCAAGUACAACCUCUACGACCACAUGCGCCGCGUACACGGCUGGAAAGAGGACGAGGCAGCACAGGAGCAGGAGAACGGCAGUCUGUCGGCCGCGAACGUACGGAAGAACGCUCCGAGGAAGCGCAAGGCUUCUGCGAGCUCGUCGCAGAGCGAGCCGCCGGCGCGCAAGUUGAAGAGCGAGUUGGCAGUGUGA